UCUCCCGCCUCUCAGUUAGUGGAAUUUCGCAGUUGUUAUGGCAUCGCUUAGUUGCUCAGAGGCCGUCGUUGUCAUCAAAUGGCCAGCACUGAGAGUCUGGACGGCAGCGCCUGUGAUUUUGGCGGUAUCUCGGCUGUGCCACAGGUGGGUCAUUUGCCACCCGAGCCGCUUGAGUUUGUCUGCCCCGCCUGCCAGCAGCUGCAAACGAGCUGCGUUGAGCACGAGGCCGUCACUUGCCUACAGAAGAUCGCAUGCAGCCUGAACUGGCUGCUCUGCUGCAAUCCGAUACGGUGGAGCGGACGACAAGACACUAAUCAUUAUUGCAGCGCCUGCGGCUGCUUCAUUGGACGCCACAUCUCGCUGAGCUGGUACAAACGCGCUCUGUUCCGCAUGCAGCGCUCCGAGGUGGAGGACCAUGGACGCUGGCAGCGUUUUCGCAAGGUGGAGAAGGAGCAGCUGGACGAAAAGAAGCUGGGCAAGCAGCGUGCCGCGCUUAAGCAGAACUAGACUCACGUUUUUUUUGAUAUUUUAAAUAACAUUUUUAAUAAACAACAAAUUAAUAACCUUU